CUCUAGGGAGGAACAAAGCGACGGACCCAAGUGACCAGAGUGGCAUAUCGCCCUCUUGGACUGCUCAAAUCGCUGUCUGAUGGGGUAGGAAGGACAAGGGGGCAGGUGUCCAUGAAGGUGCACGAUUGGAUGCAAAUGAGGACCGGAGCUGCAGAGUUCUACCCCUGGACUACAACCAGCGAGACGAAAAUGCUGCUCUACACAAGAGUUGCCCCUCCUAAACAGCCCAAGAGGCGGUCAAGAGGCGGCUGCACUUACUGCAAGGAGAAGAAAAAGAAGUGCGAUGAACAGCGGCCGAAAUGCACCCGCUGCGUUGAGCACGGCGUUGAGUGCGCCUACGAGGCUGUGAAGCCACGCCAGCGGAGGAGGCGCGAGUCGGCAACCCCUGCUAGCCCUUCUAGUCUGCACCUGGUCUCCCGCAGGUUCUCAGACGUCAGCCGCUACAGCCAUGGAACCGACUUUGGGCGGGAAGACGGCAUCCUUCAUGGCUUACUGUCGUGCUACCUCGACGAUCCUCUUCUUCUCAGCCCAUCCGACAGCAAUUUUGAAGGCUUAACUCUCCCGCCCCUUUCCCCGAGCGAGCUUCUGGACGGGCACGAAGAUGCUCCCUCAGAAGAGGGCAAUGCCACAACCGGCACCGCCGUGGUCCCACGCUCCAAGUCUUUCAGCCCAGACCUGGCCAUGAUCGCCCCCUGCCCUGUCAGCUCCCCGCUGCUGGACUUUUCCGCGCCAACUUUUUCAGAGUUCUCGGACAAACAGAACCGCAGAGCUCUAGUGGACCACUUCUGCAACGUACUAUCACAUUUGAUUGUCUUCCGCGAGGAGACCGGCAACCCCUUCCAGCAGCUGGUGUUGCCGCUCACCCAAGGGAGCUCACCCGUGAAAUACGCCAUCUUUGCGCUUGCAUGCGCGCAUCUGGAGUACCGGGGUGUUGAGAAUGCGGAGAAAUCACUGUAUUUCCAAAACAUGGCAGUCCGCGGCGUCGCGCAGCUAAUCCAACACAGCAGCAAGGCCAGUCGCAACGAGAUCUUGGCCUCCAUCAUGCUGCUAGUUUACUACGAAACCCUCGUCCAGAGUGGCCACUCCAACAUUGUGGCCGGCCACCUCAAAGGGGCCCUGACCAUCAUGGGUACGGCCCCGGACCCGGCAGACUCGACAAGUGUCUUCUUGGAGCGUGCGUUCCGGUUCUACGACGUAAUUACAGCCCUCUCCAACGGCACCACGCCGCUCUCGCCAGCGCCCUCGCCAGGCUGCCUGCAACCACUUUCUCCACUCGGCGCGCCCUCCGUCUCGCCGCUAUGUAAUGUCGACACGCUCCUCGGCAUGGCCACAACCCUAUGGCCCAUCAUCCACCGGCUCGCCGGACUGCGCGCCCUUAAAACCGAGCUUGAGACCGCCGUCCUUUCAAACGAGACACCCUCCAAAAUCGCUGUCCUCCGCACAGAAUUCGAGUCCACCGCCCAAGCAAUCGAAACCGCCCUCCUGCAAUGGCAACCGCAGCUCCCACCAGGCUUCACCCCAUCCUCCGACGACACUGACCUGGACGGGCCCGAAUCCACCAUCGCCGAUGCCGCCCCGCAACCCGCCGACGGUAGCAUCCCAGACACCAUCACCACCACCACCGUCGACUCCCCGAUCCCGACGCAUCCGCGAACCCCACCACCACCCCGCGUCCUGCAUUCCCAAGACCACUCCCGCAUCGCCUCGAUCCACAACAAUGCCCUCGCCUACCGCCACGCCUCCCUCGUCUACCUCUACCGCAGCGUCCUGGGCCACCCGCGCGCCCACCCGUCGGUGCAAUCUCAUACCCACCUGGCGCUGUCGCACUGCGUCGCCACCGUACAGCACAAAGGCCCGAUGUCGGCGCUGCUCUGGCCGCUUUUUGUUUCGGCGUGUGAGGCGCUGCCUGAUUCCUCUGACGGAGGUGGGAGGGAUAGGAAGCUGGCGGAACGGGCUUUUGUCGAGGUGGAGAAGAGGCAGGGGAUGCGGAAUAUUGAGAGGGCGUGGGGGAUUGUGAGGGAGGUUUGGAGACGCGGGGAUGAGCUGGCUGCUUCUUCUUCGUGUUCUGCGUCUGCUUCUGCUGAGGCGGGGAGUGUGGUUGUUGGGAUGGAUGAUGGGGGUGAGCUGGAAGGGGUCGUGGGUGCGAGCGGAGUUUGUGGGGCUGAUGCGGGCCGGGAGGAAAUGUGGCGGCGGGUGUGUAGGGAGAUGGGGGUUAGUAUUGUUUUUGGGUGAGGAUGGGAAAGGAGUGUCGGGUAGGGAUAGUAGGUGGAGGAGGAUGAAGGAGGCGGGAAUAAAUGGAGUGCAGUGCGACGGGGAGGGAAAGCGAUGGAUGAGAGUAAAGCAAAAGAAGAAAACAAGAAGAAGAGGGAUGGGAAAGGGAAAGGGAACAAGGAAAAAGAACGGCGAAGGGAACGCUGGAGGGUGAGGAAGGAAUAGGGUUAUCCAUUGUGGAGGAGCUUGGUCGACCUCUACCCGUUGGAACAGCAGACCGGCGGUGUUAGGGGCUGGGCCGAGUCUGCUGUCGGUAUCUAGCCGGCGCAAUCCUACCACCAACAGUGUACGUCCUGGAUGAUGUACAAUACGUGGUAUGGCUCAGGGGAUACGGAGAAGAACACGGUUGUCUUUUUGGCGUAGCCAGCUCGGGGUUGGGCAGGGGCAAGGACGAUUUGGUGAGAGGGAGUUUAUCUAU